AACGCCGCCACCUCCCUGGACCUAACCACGUCCGGGGAGGCGAAACAGCGGAGGGUAAAAAUGUCAUUAAGAAGAAAAGGCCCGCGGGUUCGGGUCUGAGGAGGAGGAUGGGGAAGAAGGACCGGCACAGCAAGAUCUGCACGGCGCAAGGGGUUAGGGACCGGCGGAUGCGGCUGUCGCUGCACGUUGCAAGAAGGUUCUUUGACCUCCAAGACAUGUUAGGGUUUGACAAGGCUAGUAAAACCAUUGAGUGGCUUCUGUCCAAGUCCGAGUGUGCAAUCAAAGAGCUCAUCACAUCUCCAUCUAGUUGCAGUGAAGAAGGGAACAAUAAGAGCGAAGCGGCCGAGGGCAAAAACGUCUUUUUCGGGAAAAACGAGCCGAUGGAGAGAACGAAAGAGAAGGCGAUGGUGUAUGAACAUUGUUCAAACCCUACAAUAAUAAGCCCUUUUCUUGAUCAAGAAUCAAGUUCUUAUGGCACCAAGGAAAACCCCGACCCGAUGGCGUGGACGGACGAAUGCUCGUUGGGAGGAGCAAGCUCCAGGAAGACGACGACGAAGAUGACGACAUCGGUGUUUAAGUAUCAUCAUGAGGAUGAAGAAAAAGAAGAAGAAGAAGAAGGAGAAGGAGGUGAUUACAAUAUGAUUAUUACCAAUAAUGGCAACUUCAUGGGGUUUCCUGGGAAUUGGGAGAUGGCUCCAUUUUGAUUCAGGUAAAAAUAUUACUAAAGCAUAAGGGUAAUCUUCAGAAGUAAAUCUCACUUGAGAGAGUUUUCUUUUGUAAAAUAAAAAUUAAUUAAACCCUCAUAAUUUCUUUGGGAAGUUCUCCUACAUUUAAUUUCUUUAUUUUGAGCAUGCAUGUGGACCAAGAAAAACAUUUAUCCUCCAAUAAAUACUGGACUUACUU